AUUUAAAUUUCAAAUUUUUUCACCUCCGUGACUUUACCGAAAAAAACACAGAGUAUGCGCGUAGACUCUUUGGUUAUUUCUAUUUUAUAUUUAAUAAAAUGUUCAACCACGUGACUUUACCGAAAGAAGCAAAGGAUAUGGAUCCUAUCAGUCACGAAAAACUUCAAAUCGACUGCUGCACAUACAGAACUGUGGCCAGUGUUGAGUCUAUGGGCGCUUAUCAGCUCUACGGAAUUUAGCCUCGCAGCCACGUGGUCGCCUAUCCGCGCUACGUUUUCUAAACGCGCCCUGCUAAAGCCACGCGUGUUCCCACCAGCGGACCGUCUCCCGCCCUGGUUGUGGUAGCGAAACGUCGAAACUCCUCCUCCACCACCACCACACGAGUCAAUAGCUUCGUGUGUCACCUCCUCGCCACGACGGAGUAGAGAGCUCAAGACCCCCCACCACCCACACAGACGUCUACGGAGCGAACCACGAGCGGCGGCGGCCUUCCGGCAGCAGAGGACAUCCACGUGACCUGCGGCGUCUGCGUUCGAAGCGUUUGGGGGCGGCGGGGAUGGAGCAGCAGUACGAGUCCGUGGCCGAGUUGGGCGCUGGGGUCUACGGGGCCGCGACGACUUUGAAGGCUCGCGACCUCCGGGAGCAGGGCCGCUUUGUGGCGCUGCUCAAGGGCCUGCGCCUGCAGACAGGCGGGGGCCCGGAGGAAGAUGCCUGGCAGCUGCUGCAGCUACAGCUGCUCACGAAGCUGGAGCACCCCAACGUGGUGAGGCUGCUGGACGUCUUUGUGGAUAUUCGUGACGAGGGCGGCGCGCGUCACGCCGUGGUCUGUGAGCUCGUAGACCAGGAUCUGUCCACCUACCUGGGGAAGUCGCCCCACACACCGUCCCACCACAUCAAGGAGGUGACGCGCCAGCUGCUGUGUGGGCUGCGCUACCUGCACGGCCACGGCCUGGAGCACCGCGAGCUCACGCCACGCAGCGUCCUGGUGACGGCCUCCGGGCGCGUCAAGAUCGCCGGCUGGGGGCUCGCACGCUUCCUGGACAGCGCGAGCAGGGCUCCCACCCCGGCGGUGUCCCCGUCGUGGUACCGCGCCCCGGAGCUGCUGCUGCUGCGGGUGACCUGCGGCCCGGCCGCUGCCGACCUGUGGAGCGUCGGCUGCAUCUUUGCUGAGAUGUUUACACGCAGGCCUCUCUUCCCCGGAGGCUCCGAUGUCGAUCAGCUGACGGAGAUAUUCCGUCUUCUGGGCGUGCCGAGCCUGGAGGAGUGGCCGCUCGGAGCCUCCCUGCCGCACGGCGCUUUUGCCGGCCUCCCCGCUGCUCCGCGGGCUCUGGCUGACUCCGUGCCGGAGGUCGGGCCGGAGGUCGGGCCGGACAACGAGAAUUUGGCGAUGGCGCUGAUGCUGGACCUGCUGACCUUCAGCCCCCGCAAGCGCAUCUCCGCGUCUGUCGCCCUGUACCAUCCGUACUUCUCUGAGGCCACAGACGUGGCCACGGGCGAGAGUACGGCCACAAGCGAGGGUGCGGCCACGGGCGAGGGCGAGGCCUAAGGAGUGGGCCCCGGGGCGAGGCCUAAGGAGUAGGCCCCGGGGCAAGGCCUAAGGAGUGGGCCCCGGGGCGAGGCCUAAGGAGUGGGCCCCGGGCAGCAAGGCCGAGGGAGUUUGCGUCGUUUUUCGUUGGUCGCUUGUGUUGCGCCCGAAACGUUGCGAUUUGAUUUGUUUUAAUGUUUCACCGACGUGACUUCACCGAAUAAAACCAAGGAGUAAUAAAAGUGAACUCUGAAGCAGCAAA